GCUUCUUAAAAGGGUAAGGUAUUUUGUGACUGCAGAACAUUGCACGUUCAUACUUAUAACAACGCACCGUUUACCUGUAUACGUGAUGCGUUGAGUGAGUGUUUGCAAAACAUAAAGUGUAAAUUGAAAAAAGUGUUGGUAGAACAAGUAUAAAUUUUUUCCAAUAAGCUACUGUUACGAUCGAUGGCGUUAAAAACCAGUCAGAUUACGGUUACGUACUUGUUAUUCAGUGUACUUAUUUCCGUCGUUUAUGGCAUCGAAGAUGGUUCAAGCGCUGAGAAAGCUCCCACAACGCCUGACUCUCCGUAUGAAACCCAAACCGCUCAAUGUACCAUUACAUCCGGCGAUAUUGAAGCCAGUGCUCAAGCUUCGAUCAGCAAAACAUUGGUUGGAGUAUGCGGUACAGAGGAAAUGUUGAUGGCUUUUCGUACAUUAGAAGCCAAGAUGCUAGAAGAGAUAAGUAAUCUUCGAAAAAUGAUUCGGGACCCACAUUACAAUCCUCCGAUGCUACAAUCUUCCAUUUACAACACGAUUAAGCGUGAAACGACCACAAAGCAUACGAAAUCAAAAACCACAUUGCCGCAAACAGCAGGGAUAAAAUUACCAGUGAGCGAUUCUACGACAUCAGCGCGUCCAGUACCCAAGGCGUCGACGACUUCGUCACCAACCAUAAUGUUUCCUGAAGAUGACUAUGAAGACGACGAAGAUGCCGAGAAAGCUUCAAGUCAGGGUUCCUUGAUAAGUAACAGUGAUUUGGUAAAAGACCUCUCAACUACGUAUUCCAGAAAUGAUACUUUGAAAGCUCGUUUUACUACUAAUGAUCGGAUAAGUUCACAAGCGAUCGAUUUUAAACCAAUCGACCAACCCGCCGAAAAGAAGUUUCUUACUGGCGGAUUGCGAGACUAUGAGGUCUAUCGAUUCAACAAUACCAUAAUUUCUUCCGGCGAUGCUAAGGUGUUCACGUACUUUUGGAAAGUAGAGAAUUUUACGAAACGCAUAAGAGCCGCUCCAGAGACAUCCUUCUCCAGUGCAGUUUUUGUAAUUUCUGGAUUGAAUCUACGACUUCAUGCUACGGUGGCGACGACAAAACAAAACGAUGAGAACGUACUUUACGUACAACUGGAGCAACUGUCCGACGAUGCGUUGAGAAAAAGUCCAAAUGUAAUUUUGCUAUCUGGAAAAACGUACGGUCAGGUCGAGACAAGCACAUUCUUCCGCCAUCAGAUUGCUAUACUAAAUCAGGACGAACCAUUCAGUAACAUAGUCUCAGAUUUAAGAAACACUAAUGCAAAAUUCGAAGCGCCUUUGGCUUCGGUAACCAACGAGCCUUAUCUCAAGAAUGAUAAACUUUUGAUAAAAGUUAUUAUUUUUCUAUAGAGGAUAUGAUAUAGAGGGUGAAUGGAUUAUUCGGACAGUGUAUAACAAACAGAAAAAAAUUGCAUUUAAA